AUGAAAAGUGCUCUCUGUCAUCUUGAUCGCAAAGUGACCACAGCCAUCCCCACUUGCAGAGGUGGUAUCGGUGUCGGGGGCGGCUUUGACAGUAGCAGUGGAAAUGUGGCUGAUGUGACCGGUAGUUUGCCUCUCUGCAUCAAGUGUCACCUGCCACUAGAAGAGAAGUAUGUGGUUCGGGUGCGGGGCCGUUUCUGGCACUCCCGAUGCGCCCUCUGUGCCGUCUGUGGUUGCAGUCUCAGCGAAUUUUGUUUCGUUCUAGAGGGCCGAUUGCUCUGCCGACAGGACUACCACAGUGCUCUUCGAUUGGUCGAUCGGUCUUCAGGCUUUUUUGGCUUUCGCACCUCCAUAAUGACCACCUUAACAACAGUGGAGAAAACUGUGAAGGGCUACAACGCUGUAGUUAAAACGAUGUGCGAAAUGGGCACCCCAACAAAUGCCUUUUUUAAACCCAUUUGUGCAAAGCUACAGUAUCACAUGUCCUCGGUCCGACCCAACUGUUUCGUGUGUCGUGAACCAUUGGUGGUGGGUGUGGAGUACGCCCGUGACCCCACAACUGGGGCACCCGUUUGCAAACCUGAUUGUCUCCGCCGUUCUGCCUCGCCCAUUGCUGCGGCUCCCCCAGCACCGCCAUUGCCCCCUACCACCGUUGCAUCCUGCAAACGCGGUCGUACCACACUCUCAGUAGAGCAGCGAGCGCGAUUGCAGCAGGUGUUCGAGGAGAACCCACGACCUCCCAAAAGAGCUCGUGAGGCACUGGCAGAGGAGUUUGGACUGUCGGUAAGGGUGGUCCAAGUGUGGUUUCAAAAUCAACGUGCUCGGGAGAAAAAACUUUCUGCCGCCUCCGUCGCUUCGGCAUCUCCUACCACCAACACCGUCAUCGCCACUGCCGCUGCUGCAGCACCCACUCCCAAUAGGAUGUCGUCGCCUACGUCUCCCAGUUUAGGAGUGUCUAAUUCCUAUUCUUCGCACUACGGCUACUCUGCCAAUUCUUCAUCGAGCCCAAACUUUUGGUUUGAUGCAUCUUCAAGGACCUACGAACAAGCACCGCCAAGUGCAGGUCUGUCAUACACAGAUGAGCAGAUCUCUUGCAUCUGCGAUGUUCUCCAACAAUCCGGUGAUUACACGCGUAUGAAGCACUUUGUUGAGAGCAUUGGCGACUCAGCUAGAAACAACGAAAGUUUGCUGUGUGCAAAGGCUACAUUAGCAUUCAACGAGGGAAGGUUCGUGGAUUUGUACAGCAUUUUAGAAAGCCAUGCAUUCUCUCCAACCUGGCACCAGCGUCUUCAGAACCUAUGGAUGCAGGCUCAUUACAUGGAGGAAGAGAGAGUUAAAGGUAGACCGUUGGGAGCAGUAGCAAAAUACCGAGUAAGGCGCAAGUUUCCCCUUCCUCGAACAAUAUGGGAUGGAGAGGAAACCAGUUACUGCUUUAAAGAGAAGUCUCGAGCUAUUCUGCGGGAUUGGUACACUCAUCGCAAUGCCUAUCCCUCGCCUCGAGAGAAGAAGGAGCUCUCUGAACUCACCGGACUGACAACCACUCAGGUUUCCAAUUGGUUCAAAAAUCGGAGGCAACGGGACAGAGCUUCUGAGACAAGAACCAACGGAAAUGGAUUUAGUCCCAUAGCGAUUCAAUCGGGCGAGGAGAGAGUCGAUGGUGAAGACUGCAGCGAGUGUCUGAAGGAGUCACUAGCUGAAGAUUCUGCUCAAAAUUACUACAAUACCACAUCUUCGUCUCUUCAGCCAUCCAGUAACCAAACCACGUCCUCGUGGCAACACUCAAAAAUUCUAACACCCAACUACUGGCCUCCUACUACACCUACACCUGUUGUGGACAUGUUUUUCCGUCCAACACUUCGACAUAGCCACCAACAACAAUUGCAGCAACAGCCGUUGCUUCCACUGUCAACAUCUCAACCACCGCCUUUACCGCAGAGUUCAUCCACAUGGAGUUAUGAGGAGACUUAUCAGUACAAUCCCACUCCCUACCAGCCCGAGUUUUAUCCCGAUCCUGGCGUCUGUGUUCAGCAAAUAGGCACAGGCAGCGGUGGCAACCAAUGGGACUCAGAAGGCUGCAAUAUGAGGACAGAGGAUGUGGUUGUGUCAGGGCGGUUCCAGCUUCAGCUGGAGGUACAAGCCCGAAUUAGGAGGGGUGAAACAAAUACCGCAGGGACGACAUCCUCACCCCCAUCAUCAAUGGGGGAGAGGUACCUACCCAACGGACCCACCUAUGGAAUAACCCACACCAGAAGACCACAUCCAACAGUUCCUCCGCUCUACAUGGAAACCCACUAUCGGCAAGAGGAUGGACAGUUUGUGGAAAAUUAA